AUGCAGAAUGACACGGAUACCCCAUCCCAAGCUCCAGGGCCUCCUUCCAACACAAGCCUCGCAUUGAGACCGCGAGCCCAGAAUAGUGAAAGCGAAUCUUCAUCACGAACACUCUCGGGCUCUGCUCUGCACUCCCAGCCGGAUGCACCUGAACCAACUGCGCCUGGUUUGCCCGACGAUGAAUUUGAGCGAGAGGAGCCAAUCUUCAUCUACCAAUUCCGGGUGUUCAACCUGUGCACCAAGACUCUCUUCCCUAGUGUCAGCCUCGACAACCUCGAGGUUGACGAGGUUGGCAGUGGUGGCUACAACCGCAUCAUCAAGAUCACUGCCAAAUACGAGGAAGGAGAGUCGAGGGACGCUCAGAGUGUAAUCCUUCGUGUUCCCCGCUACGAAGAGAAUGAAGAAGUCGAAGACGUGGUCGCCAUCUCCCGGUUCCUCCAGCGCAAGAUCCGCAUCCCCACGCCGCGAGUACUCGCCUUUGAUGUCGGAAAGGACAACGUCCUGGAGUCGGCCUAUACCGUCAUGGAGUUCGUCCCGGGAAUCACACUGGAGUCAGUUUGGCCCCGCCUCUGCCAGCGUGCUCGCUUCAGAGUCGCAUCCGAGCUCGGAGAGUAUGCCAGGCUCGUUCUCCAGUGCCGCAGCAGCGCGGCGGGAAGGGUCGCCGCCGCCGAUACCGUUGACGAAAUCUGCCUGGCCAACUACCCGGGUCCGCCCUGGGAAGAAGAGCGUCCCAAGCUCAGCAGGCCUUACCGCAACGCGCCCCCGGAAAUCUCGGUCCUGGACACGCUCAUGGAAGACUUGAGAGAAGCGGAGGCCCGGGCCCUCGGCAGCGAAGAUCAGGUGCUGGCGCUGCUGUUCAGGCAACUGAUGAACAUGGCCGAGGAGAUGGAUCGUAGGGGAUUCUUCUUCGACCACUUCUACUCACUCACCCACGUGGACUUCCAAGCGCGGAACAUCAUGGCCGACAUCAAGCUAGGCCAGACAGAAGGCCUGGUCUCUGCAAUCAUCGACUGGGACGACGCGAUAUUUGCGCCCAUGAUACUGGCCUGCGCACCGCCCGUGUGGCUCUGGAACGACUGGGGACCGGCCGAUCUGGUGGAGAGGGCUGACAACAUUGAGCCGACGACUGCCGAGUACAAGGAGAUCAAGGAGGCUUUUGAUACUGCUGCCGGAGAGGACUAUAGGAGGUGGGCAUACGGGGAUGGGUAUCGACUGGCAAGGAGACUGAUACGCUUUUCCAUCGAGGGGGUGCGGUGGAAGCGGGACUGGACUGAGGCAGAAGAGAUGCUUGAGGAGUGGAGGGUCAUGUACCAGACCAGGGUCUACUCUCCUUCGUUUUGA